AUGCACAUCACUAAUUGGUUCAUAAACAUGAUCAUAGAUGUCUUAUUCCUCAAUGGCCUUUACCAAUACAUGAAUGAGGAGAACCUUGACUCUGUGUUUGGCCUUGCCAGGGCUGCAUCGCAUAAUGCGCUCAGUGGUUUCAGAAAUGGAACUUACUCGAACAUUGACGCUUCUGCAGAACACUUCUGUGAGCCAUAUGGCAGGGUCAUGGCAUUGAUCAAACUCAUACAACACGACAAUGCGAAGAGGGAGAGGAGAAAUUUAGGGCGGGAAGGUUUUCCUGAUGUAUGGGCCGUCACGGACCCAGACCCUGAUGACCCGCUUCUCUCGGCAGAAAGCGGCACUUCCGUGACCUUCGAGCCUGUCUCAGUCGGAGUCGCACGUAAAUACUUGUCCGCCGUGCGGGCCUGGCACAUUGCUCAGGGUUGGCCCCCACCGCUGUCUGACUCUCACCAUGACCGUAUCAACUGGUCCUUGCCGGGCCUGGAGAACUUGCAUGGCGGCCGUCGAAAACCUCUCCGGCCACCCAUAUCAGUCGCGAUGCUCUUGCCUCUCAAGGCCACCCUCAUAUUAUCAGAUCCCUUCGACCCAUGCGUGUGGGCGAUGGCAUCAUGUGUAUUCUUUGGCAUGAUGCGCUUCGGUGAAGUCUCCGUCACUUCUCGCUCCGCAUUCAACCCAGUCAAACACCUUACCCGCACUCAUGCAUUCUUUGGAUACGACUUGUGGAACAACCCUUACGCACGUCUCGACCUACCAUCAGCCAAGACAGCUCGGGCCGGGGAGUCACAAUCUGUCUUUCUCAACGAGCAAGGAGACCUGUGUCCUCUCAAAGGUGAUGUUCGUCCAAUGGCCAAAAUCCCGGCCUUGGAGCGCAUCAACUCAAUUUUAAUGGCCUGGGGUUGGGGCACGACUUUCGGUCACUCAUUUCGAAUAGGUGGUGCGUCCUUUUAUCUCGCAAAGAAGGUUGAUCCCGAAAUAGUUCGAAUUGCCGGCCGCUGGAGAUCCUUAGCGUACGAGACGUAUAUCCGUGCAUUUGAGCAAAUCUGCUCUCAACACCUGGCUAAUGCAGCAUCAUUCUAA